AUGCCAACCGGUCCAGGUCAAUGCCAGCAAGACGCCAAUACCAAGUCCCUGGGGAUCCGAGUCCGCGUGGAAGCAGCUGCAAGCCGGAAGCAGGGCACCCAAUCUGCCAUCCGGCAAGCUGCUGGGUCCAUGGGUCGCCAAGUGGGGAAGCGGCAGGGUGAGAGGGGUUGCGCCCUCUGCUGGAUGCACGAGGGAACAAUCUGCAGAGGCGAAGAGGGUCAGUAG